CUGCAAAUGCGGUCUUUUAACCUUUUCUUUAUUCAAACACUUGGAUCACUGUUGGCAUAGUUUUAAUGCUGCAGUUUUCCAAGAAUUAGUGGGCGAGAGAAACACAAUGUGUGGAGACGUUGAGAAGGUGAACAGAUGACAUUCAAAAACUAAAAAAAUAAAAACCCUGUGACAUGACCAGGGUGGACAAAUAAGAAAAUUGGAGCCAGAUAAAAGAACAGAUUUGGUAAGGCACAUUUAGAACCCAAAAAAGUAAGAACUCGGUGUGAAAACGCAGAUGGGGUCAACAAAAAGAGCAAAGAGCGGAGGUGUGGAAAAAGGCUGAGCACAGCAGGUUGGCGGGGUAUAAAUAUGGGAGAGUCCAAGUGUCUUCUGGUCACCUAACAUCAUGAGGCUGCUCUGUUUUCUGCUGGCUGUUGGAGCUGCUGUUGCAGUGCCCAGAAAUGAUGGCAGGAUCAUUGGAGGGCAGGAGUGUGAGCCUCAYUCUCGGCCCUACAUGGCCUCUCUCAACUAUGGCUACCACUUCUGCGGAGGAGUGCUCAUCAACAACCAGUGGGUGCUCUCUGUUGCCCACUGUUGGUACAAUCCUUAUUACAUGCAGAUCUUCCUGGGAGAACAUGACGUCCGUGUGUUCGAGGGAACAGAGCAGCUCGUGAAGACUGACACCAUCAUCUGGCACCCCAGCUAUGACUACCAGACUCUGGACUACGACAUCAUGCUGAUCAAGCUCUUCCAUCCUGUGGAGGUGACCGAGGCAGUCGCACCCAUCCCCCUGCCCACAGGGUGCCCGAUGGGAGGCCUCCCCUGCUCUGUGUCUGGAUGGGGAAACACCGCCAUGGAUGGCGAAGAAGUGAACCUUCCCACCCGUCUGCAGUGUCUGGACGUGCCCAUAGUGGAGGACAGUGACUGCGAGAAGGCCUAUCCAGGCAUGAUCACGCGCAGGAUGGUGUGUGCCGGGUACAUGGAUGGAGGCAGAGGCGUAUGCAAUGUGAGUUUGACUGCUUUCCACCUUCAUCUGUUGCACCUGUUGUCUGCUUGGCUCACGCUCACCCUGUCUGUGUUUGUCAGGGUGAYUCUGGGAGCCCCCUGGUGUGUGCUGGAGAAGUGCACGGCCUCGUGUCCUGGGGCCGAGGCUGUGCUCAACCCAACUACCCCGGCGUUUAUGUCAAAGUGUGUGAGUUCCUCUACUGGAUCGAAGAAACUUUGGCAGCUUAUUCCUGAAUUAAAAAACCCCACUUAUUUUCUCCUCUCUUGCCACAAAUCRCUGAUCUUAAUUUCAUUCUCUCUUCACCAAUCUACUUCAACUAUUUCUCUGACUUCCCUUCUAGACUUUUAAUGUAGGAGAGAUUAGAUAUAAAGUCUUUUCUUUGACCUAUCCUCCCAUACUGUAUUUCUGAAACCACACAUGUCAAAGUGUCACAGUAAUAAAUAAAACCUCAUGGUUUUUGUUAACCUCUGGGUAUUUAUUAAUUGUCAUUAUUAAAUUAUUAAUCCUCGCAGUCAAUCCAGUUCAGGAUGGCUGAAAAACACAAAAACAUUGACUAUAACUCAGUCAAGUUUACAGAUACUGAUGUAAAAUUCGAUGCAGUAUCAGCUGAGCAAUUUUGGAUGAGAUUGCACAAAACAAUAUUUUUAAUGUUUGACCAAAAUGGCUGCAUCUUUAUCAUUUCUCAGCACAAAAUAAUCUUCAAGGAAUGCUAAAUCCUUAAUUUAAUGUAAUGUAAUGUAAUGUAA